AUGCUCUCGCUGAAGACGAAGCUGCGCAAAACGGCCAGCUUGCGGGAGCGGGAGACACACACCGGUCCUGCUGCUGUUUCUAGCUCCAGCUCCAGCUCUGGGGUCGAGUCGAUGGCGCUGGCCAAGCGACGCAGUCGCCUACAGCUGCUCCGAGGCAGUGGCCAAACAGCCAGCGAGGAGGGCGCCGUUGCUUUUGUGAAGCGCGACUCGAGGCGUGACCGACGACGUGGCGCCACCGGCAGUGGCAGCAGCAGUAGUCGGGGCAGCGGGGCAUCAACAAGCGGCGGCCUACGCAAGUCACAGUCCCUGGACGCAGCCGAGUGUCUCUCUUUGGCGAGCAUCCAGUCACCACUGUGGGUAACCCUCACGAAUGCCCGUACCAUCGAGGAGUUGGCCCAGCAGAAACUAUAAGUUCUACUUAUCCAAAACGCUGGCCCUUAGCUGUUAACUUAGUUCAAAAUUUAGCUGAAUAUUCGCAAGAAAUCAAACGGUUUUCUUCCCCAUACAAACAUACACAUACAUGCAUACAUACAUAUAUAUGUAUAUUUACGUAUGUAUAGUAUAUCCCUAAGUGUAAUAAUGUACCGACAAAAAAAUAUAAGUAUAUACAAAAACAACAACUGGAAUAGCAAAACUAAUUACGACCACCUCCAUGUAAAUGUUUCAGCAACAACAACAAUUCCCAACAAAUAUUAACGAACUUGCAUGUAAACUAAAGA